UCAGCUUUGAACACUGAAAAUUGAAAUUAGUUCAAUGGAGAAGUGAGAAUAGAGAUGAUAGCCGAUUAGUAUUAAAAUGUACUUAUAGUGUUUUUAAUUUCCAGUGUUAAGACACCAUAUCCAAAUAUAUUUAUUUCGAUGUCAUCUGUUCUAUAGAACAUUAACUUGGACGCGGCUCCGUUAGGAUGGCCAUUCGUAUUCUAUUCAAUGCUUGCGCUUGUCAGCCAUAAGUUUGGCUGUACCUAUUUCCUUUGUGAUAUUUUUUCAACAAAUCGAAAGUGUUGUGACUAGUUGUCUUCUAGUGAUAUUCUUACUUGUUUAUAGUCUUCCUUGGGCUGCAUGGUCCAAUUAAGUGAUCCAUUAUUAUGAUUUUAUUUCAUUGUAACCUCAAUAGGGCGGAAGUUGCUAGACCCGCUGUUGUCAAAGAUUAUUCUUGAAUGAGACUUGUGAGCUUAUUAUCUGAAUAUUUUUAGAUUUACUCUUACUUUUAUUUAAGCUAUUAUACAAGAAUGGUGGAAAUCGGUGCACCACAGCAAUCCGCAGAAGAUAGUUUAGAAAAUGCAGAAUGGUACUGGGGUGAUAUUACUCGUGAUGAUGCUAAUGAAAAACUUAGAGAUAGUUGUGAUGGUACCUUCCUAGUCCGUAAUGCCUCCAACAAAGAUGGUGGUUACACUCUAACAGUGAGAAAAGGUGGUACAAAUAAAUUGAUCAAGAUAUACAAUCAAGAUGGCCGCUAUGGUUUCUGUGAACCCUAUGAAUUUAAUUCUGUUGUUGACCUUGUACGAUUCUAUAGAGAAUACUCAUUGGCACACUGCAACAGUAGCCUUGACAUUAAGCUUAUGUAUCCUCUUUCAAGGCACCAAGAAAAUGAAGGUGGUGAAAACAUAAACGAUGAUACUCUAGAACUAAGUUACAAGGACAUUCACAAAAAAUUUGUCCUUCGAACUAGAGAUUAUAACGAGAGAUCUGAAAAAUAUCUACGCCUUAGAGAAGAAGUGAAAUUUAAAAGACAGACUUUAGAUGCUUUUAAGGAAACAGUAAAAGUAUGUGAAGAACAUUUGAAAUUACAAGAAAAAAUGCAAGCUGAGGCACAACCACAUGAAAAAAAUGAUCUAAUUGAAAAUAAUAGACAGCUGAUUUCAAGGGUAAAUAGUUUAAAACAAGCUAGAUGUCAACACCACAAUAUCCUGAGGGAAACUGUUGAAUCUAAUUUGCUUCUUGAAAGAGAAAUUACUAAGUUAAAAUCAGAAGUCAUAAAUCUGUACAAAAUUAAAGAUAGAUACAAAGUAUGGCUUCAAAAGAGGGGUAAGACAGAAGAAUAUUUACAGGCAUUGGAGGAUGAUAACAUUCAUAAACUAGAGGAGUUGUAUGCACACCGCGAAAGUAUUACAUGGAUGGUUGAAAACUGUACCCGAGAUAUGGCUACAAGACUUUUAGAAGGGAAACCCCAAGGGACAUUUUUAAUACGGCCUAACUCAACUGGUCAAUUAGCAUUAUCUAUAAGUUGUAAUGGAAUGGUGUAUCAUUGUAUAAUUUUCAAGACUGAACGUGGUUAUGGCUUUGCAGAACCAUACAAUAUCUACAAAACCCUAAAUGAGCUAGUACUGCAUUAUGCUGUAAAUUCAUUGGAAGAGCACAAUGACCAAUUGAGAACAGAGUUGAAGUUCCCCAUUAAUGCUCAUUUAGUGAAGAAACCUGACAAAAAAGUCCACGACACACAAGAUUCACAUUAUCAUGAUAGUCACCAGGAUAAUCACUUAAGGAGUCACCAACAUCGACAGUGGGAUCAAAGACAAGUUCUUCCGUGAAACUGUGCAGUAUGUUUUGGCUUGAGACAGAUAUAAUAAAUCUAUGUCUUUGUAAGACAUGAUAUUAUGCCCUGACACAGUGCAGUCAUUUUUAAUGUAUUAUGGGCCGUUUAAUUUAUUUUAUUUUGGUAAAAGAUUAAAAUUUAAUCUAAUACCAGAAUCUAUAUUAUUGUGAUAUGCUCAUGUUAUUGUAGCUUUACAUUAAUUGUAACUUUGAGUGUGAAAUAAAUUUGCAAUAGCUACUACAAAAAUAAGUAAUAGUUUUAAAUGCAUGUUUUAACAUGUUAAUUUGUAGAAGCAGUGUACAAAGUAAAUGUUUUAGCUUUUGGUGUACAUUUCUGGGUUGGAGUGCCAAUCAUUAUUAUUAUGGACUAACAUUGCUGUAAAAUUGAUUCAGUAAAAAUUUUAUUAAUUUGUGAUAAAAGAUUUUCUUAUAAGAAGUUUGAAAAAGUAUCAAAUAAGUAUUGUUUUAAACAAUUCUUAGCCUUGAACCUUUAGAUUAUGUAUUGAUGAUUCUGUGUUAUAUCUUGUAUGUUGUGAUUGCUUUAAUAUUUAUAUAUAUAUAUCAUGUAUAUUUCCAACUUUGAACUAGAGCUCAUACAAUGGUUUUCACAAUCAAAGUGGAUUAUCAGACUGAUUCAUAGAAGCCUACGUUUACUUUUGUCAUAUAAAUUCAUACAUACCGACAUUUAUUCCAUACUUUUCACAGCAGCAAGAUUUUUUUCAUUUAUACAUUGUUAUUACUUGAGAACUUAUUCUUAUAUUUCUGAAUAAGAAAAAAUGCCGCAGUGUCGUUGCACCAGUUGAAUAUUAAUAAUAUAAAAACAUUUAAGUUCCAAUUUUAUGGAGAAAACAAGUAAUACAUAUUUAACAUUCUUAUAAUAAUUAUUUUAAUAGAUUAUUUAAGUGAGAUUCUUGAUGUUAUUUUUAUAAUUAUUAAUAAGUACAAUAAUAUAUUUAAAUAUGGUAUUAAUAUUUUAUGUAUAUAGGGCUGAAUGUUUAAAAAUCUUUGUGGAUCACUGCAGUAAUUGCAAGUAAUGAUUGUGUAGUGUAUGUAUAAUAAAUGUGAUCUCAAAAAAUAAAUUAAAUGUAAAAGUUACAAUAAGAAGUUUAAAAUUUAUUUUAAAAUUAAUUUUGAAAAAACCUUUUAAUGAUUGCCAUUUUAUAAAUUCUU